UCCAUUAAAAAAGAACUACUGCUGUAUCACUUGAUCACCAUGGAGAGCUCACGAGGGCCCCCGAGGGUCAAAAACAAGGCGGCCGCGCCCGUCCAGAUCAGCGCCGAACAACUGCUUCGAGAAGCCGUCGACCGCCAGGAUGAGAAGCUCAAAGCACCCACACAGCGCUUUUCCGAUCUGGAGGAACUGCACGAAUGGCAAGGCAGGAAGCGCGCCGAGUUCGAGAAAUACGUCCGCAUUAACAGGAUCAAUGUCAACAACUGGACGCGAUAUGCCGCUUUUGAGUUGGAGCAGAAGGAGUUCCGCCGCGCGAGGUCCAUCUUCGAGCGUGCGCUCGAUGUGGACAGCACGCAGGUGGUGCUAUGGAUCCGAUACAUCGAGGCCGAAAUGAAGAACAGGAACAUCAACCAUGCGAGGAACUUGCUGGAUCGCGCGGUCACGAUUUUGCCCAGGGUCGAUAAACUGUGGUACAAGUUUGUAUACAUGGAAGAAACUCUCGGCAACAUUGAGGGCGCGCGUGCAGUUUUCGAGCGCUGGGUACAAUGGGAACCAGAAGAGUCGGCUUGGUCGGCGUAUAUCAAGUUGGAAAUCAGACAUGCUGAAUUCGAGAAGGCCCGCGCCAUUUUUGAACGCUUCACCGUCGUACAUCCGGAACCGAAGAACUGGAUCAAAUGGGCAAAGUUCGAGGAAGAGAAUGGUACCAGCGACCUUGUACGGGAUGUUUUUGGUACUGCGGUGGAGACCUUGGGGGAUGAUUUCAUGGACGAGAAACUGUUCAUGGCUUACGCGAAAUUCGAGGCGAAGCUGAAGGAGAUUGAGCGCGCCCGAGCGAUUUUCAAAUUUGCGCUGGACCGCAUGCCUCGAUCCAAAUCAGUCACGCUACACAAAGCAUUCACACAAUUUGAGAAACAAUACGGCGACCGGGAUGGUAUAGAAGAUGUCAUCCUCUCGAAACGAAGAGUACAUUACGAAGAGCAGGUCAAAGAAAAUCCCAAAAACUACGACGCAUGGAUAGACUUUGCACGGCUGGAAGAGACGUCCGGCAACAUCGACCGCAUCCGGGAUGUAUACGAGCGCGCAAUUGCACAAAUACCACCGACACAGGAGAAACGACAUUGGCGUCGCUAUAUUUACCUAUGGCUCUUCUACGCCAUCUACGAGGAGACCAUAUCGCACGACACAAAUCGCACACGAGAAAUUUACCAAGAAUGCCUUAAACUGCUACCCCAUAAACGUUUCACGUUUGCCAAAGUAUGGCUUAUGGCAGCGCAUUUCGAGGUUCGUCAGGGCCAGCUCGCAGCCGCGCGGAAGCUAUUAGGCCAGUCCAUCGGCAUGUGCCCCAAGAACAAGCUUUUCAACGGGUACAUUGACCUCGAGCUCAAGCUUUUCGAAUUCGGGCGCUGCCGCCAACUCUACACCAAAUACAUUGAGUGGAACGGCGCAAACAGCCAAACAUGGAUCAAAUUCGCAGAACUCGAACGCGGUCUCGACGACCUGGACCGCGCGCGCGCCAUCUUCGAACUCGCCGUCGACGAGCCGCUACUCGACAUGCCCGAGCUGGUCUGGAAAGCCUACAUUGAUUUCGAGGAAGGAGAGGGCGAGUUCGACCGCACGCGCGCGCUGUACGAGCGUCUGCUCCAAAAGACGAGCCACGUCAAAGUGUGGACUUCAUGGGCGCAAUUCGAGCUCGGGGUGCCGGAUCCAGACUCGAACAUCGCCGACGCAGAAGCCGCUGCUGCUGCCGAGAACGACGAUGCCGCUCCCAGCGCAUCUGCCGUUGCCCGGGCUCGCGCCAUCUUCACGCGUGCGCAUAAGCGCAUGAAGGAUGCUGAUCUCAAGGAUGAUCGGGUGGCGCUGCUCAAUGCGUGGAAGUCGUUUGAGGACGAGUGCGGAUCGCCCGAGGAUGUGGCGGCCAUUGAUAAGCAAAUGCCGCGCAAAGUCAAGAAGCGCAGAAAGCUCGACGACGACAGCUUCGAGGAAUAUGUCGAUUACGUAUUUCCUGCCGAUGACGAGAGCGCUGCGAAGCUGGCUCGCUUCAUGGCCAAUGCGCAGAGGUGGAAGGCUGCGGGUGCGAGUGGCGCGAGUUGA